CGGUAGCUCCGUGCCUCCACCGGCGGCGACAUUCAGAGAGGAGAUGGCGGCUAGAGGGGGCUUUCAGACAGCACCGACGGGUGGUGGUGGCGGAGCGAUGGGACCUGGACCACCAGUACCGGGCGCAGGACCAGGCAUGGGGCCCGGGACUCCCUCUGGACGGAUGGGACCGUCGUCGGCCGCGCAGAACCACAUGUACCGCUCCCCGAUGCCCGGGCCUGGGUACCCGAGACCUGGCAUGCCUCCAUCCAGCCGUAUGACCCCACAGGGACCAGCCAUGGGCCCCCCCGGAUACGGCAGCAGUCCUGUGUCUCGCCCCGGGAUGCCUGGUGUGAUGGACCCGUCUCGUAAGAGGCCGGCCCCCCAACAGAUUCAGCAGGUUCAGCAGCAGCAGAACCGCAACCAGCAUACAAAGAAGAAGAAGAUGGCUGAUAAAAUUCUACCUCAGAGGAUCAGGGAACUGGUCCCAGAGUCUCAGGCUUACAUGGAUCUGCUGGCUUUUGAGAGGAAGCUGGACCAGACCAUCAUGCGCAAAAGGCUUGACAUUCAGGAGGCCCUCAAGAGGCCCAUUAAGCAAAAGAGAAAGCUUCGGAUCUUCAUAUCCAACACCUUCAACCCUGCAAAGCCAGAUGCUGAGGAUGGAGAAGGAACAGUUGCAUCAUGGGAGCUGCGUGUUGAAGGGCGUCUGCUGGAAGAUACAGCUGUGUCCAAGUAUGAAGCCACCAAACAGAAGAGGAAGUUCUCUUCUUUCUUCAAGUCCCUGGUGAUUGAGUUGGACAAGGACCUGUAUGGUCCAGAUAAUCACCUUGUGGAAUGGCAUAGGACUGCCACCACCCAGGAGACUGAUGGUUUCCAGGUGAAGAGGCCAGGUGAUGUGGGUGUUCGCUGCACCGUCCUUCUCAUGCUCGACUACCAGCCCCCUCAGUUCAAACUGGACCCUCGGCUGGCUCGUAUGCUGGGUAUCCACACCCAGACCAGACCUGUUAUAAUUCAGGCCCUGUGGCAGUAUGUCAAGACCCACAAACUCCAGGACCCUCAUGAGCGUGAGUUCAUCAACUGUGACAAGUACCUGCAGCAGAUUUUUGAGACCCAGCGGAUGAAGUUCUCUGAGAUCCCACAGCGCCUGCAUGCACUCCUGAUGCCCCCAGAGCCUAUCAUCAUCAACCAUGUGAUCAGUGUGGACCCCAAUGACCAAAAGAAGACUGCUUGCUAUGACAUUGACGUGGAAGUGGACGACACAUUGAAGACCCAGAUGAACUCCUUCCUGCUCUCCACAGCCAGUCAGCAGGAAAUAGCAGGACUGGACAACAAGAUCCACGAAACCAUUGAGACCAUUAACCAGCUGAAGACCCAGAGAGAGUUCAUGCUGAGUUUUGCCAGAGAUCCUCAGGGCUUUAUCAACGACUGGCUGCAGUCCCAGUGCAGAGACCUCAAGACCAUGACAGAUGUGGUAGGAAACCCAGAAGAAGAGCGAAGGGCUGAGUUUUACUACCAGCCGUGGGCUCAGGAGGCGGUCUGUCGCUACUUCUACUCCAAGGUCCAGCAGAGGCGACAGGAGCUGGAGCAGGCGCUCGGCAUCAGGAACACCUAAAGAAAUUUGCCCACAGGCUGGAGAUGAGGAGACGUGCUGUUGGAGACGACUAACGUGUGUCUGUGUGUGUGUGUGCGUGUGAAAGAGAGAGAGACAUUCAAACUGACUUCUGACAAAACUUAGAAAGACAUAGAUACUAGGUGGUUUUGCUGUUAAAUAGGAUGUUAAUUUUUAUUUUUUUUUUACUUCACCCCGCAGCUACUGCAGUCUGGUUGCUACUUCCACAUUUUUGUAUGUUUUCUUUUUUCCUCACGCCACAGCUCCUUGAGCACAAUAUAUUUUCUCUUGCAUGUCUAAGCCUUGCCUGGAAGCAUUCCUUUUCCUUUUGACAUUGUACGCACACAAAAGAACAGACUGUACACAAAUGAAAAACAGAGGGCAGAUUUUACCUGGCAACUUUUAAUGUAUUUUGCCCCUGAAGCUAAAAAUAUCUUAAAUCGGCUGGAAUGUGUUGAUUCUGCCACAGAGCUUUUUUCCCCUUUUUGGAAAGUAAAUUUACAUUUCACACUCCUGACCCAGUUCCCAGAUGCUUGCCCAUUCAGUUAGAUAUUGAUUGUGAUUGUGUUUGUAAUCAAUCAGGCUACUUGGCUGCACAUUGCUCAUUGUUUUGUUUUGACAGUUUGUGCCACAGUUCCUUGUCAGAAUAUACAUUGCUAUGGCAAAGCGGUUAUUUUUUGGUAAGAGUGCCAUUUAGUAUGAAGUUUUUCUUUUUUUGUUAUUAUCAAUGAUCACUUGUUUUUAAAAAUAUGUAUUAUAUCAGUACUUGUCUUGUUAGCUAGUACAGAUUAUCAAGGAAGUAGCUAGUAUGAGUACCUCUAGUCUAUAUAGUUUUGUAAAUACUGAGCAGAAAAAAACUGAAAAUGGAUGUGAAGUGAUAUUGUAUCUCUUAUCCUGGCAGAUCUUUUUCUUAACUCUUUGUCUACGCUCAGAUAGUUGAACCAGUAUUUAUAUCAAGUGGCCCUCACUCUCAGAGCCCAGUGAUUUAGCUCUGUACAAUGUAAAGACGGCAGUCCCGUUUGAGGAACCACUGUUCUGCAGGGCAAAAUGCACACAGCGUUCAUGUUGCCUGCAGACUGGGAAGAGUCAAAUCUUCUGCUUUUAGUUUUGUGUAUUUUAACUAUGUGCAGAGAAGCCAUAAACGCUUGAACAAGCUCGGUGUCACGUGUGGGUAAGCAGGUGUGAAGAGUCGUAGCUUCUUUGUACGCUGGCUGAAGACCUGACACCUCAUGGGUUUAAUGGUUUCCCUGUUGAAGAUGAAGAUGAGGGUCCUGGCUGAAACCGUUGCGUGUGCAUUUCAUUAACAAAUUCCAAGAAUACACUAAUGUGGGUUUGGGCAGGUACAUGAUUUGAAACAAGUUGUGGGAACCUUUGGGGUGUAAAUCACAACACUGGGGAGGGUUGGGGCUGCAGUAUUAUUUGAAUCUGCAGACUUUUUCAUGGACCAAACCUAUUUUUCUGUAUGUUCUUAUUAUGUUAUAAUAAAGGAUAUGUAAAAUGUA